AUGACCAUUGACAGCAAUCAGAAGGAAUUAAUAGCAUCUUGGCCCCAGUCUUCCAUUUCCCAGGCCGAGGCUCCUGCGCCCCUCACCCACAGCUUGGAGAUGGUGACACCCGGCCUUCUUGUCGCGCUCCUGCUCACACUAGAGCUCCUGCAGCUGCACGCACUGCGCGCAGACCCGCCCUCGGUCUGUCUCCCAGCUCGCUUCGACGUGAUCGGGCCCACGGAGCCCGUGCUGGCCGCGGUGGGGAACGAUGCGGAGCUGCCCUGUCGUCUGUCGCCCAACGUGAGCGCCACGCACAUGGAGUUGCACUGGUUCCGAGAGGCGCCAUCAUGGGCCACGCUACUGCAUCGGGACCCGCAGGGGCGCGCGGAAGAGCCGGCGCCCGAGUUCCGCGGGCGGGUGACUCUGGAGGCCGACAGCAUCGCCGAGGGGCGCGCAGCAGCGCGGAUCCACAGAGUCCGGGCUGCGGACGAGGGCGACUACAGGUGCCUCUUCCGGGACGACACGAGCUCCGGGGAAGCCGCCGUGCGCCUCCGAGUGGCCGCCCUGGGCUCUGACCCUCACAUCAGUAUGGAAGUUCAAGCAAGUGGAGAGAUCCGGCUGGAGUGCACUUCUGUGGGGUGGUACCCAGAGCCCCAGGUGCAGUGGAAAACCCCCUCAGAGGCCAAGUUUCUGUCCACAUCUGAGUCCAGGAGUCCUGACCCGGAGGGUCUUUUCACCGUGGUGGCUUCCAUGAUCAUCAGAGACAUGUCCCUGGAGAAUGUGUCCUGCUGCAUCCACAACCUGCUCCUUGGCCAGCAGAAGGAAGCAGGAAUUUCCAUGUCAGCUCCCAUCGUCCCAAGGCUGACUCCCUGGCAGGUGGCUGUAGCUGUCAUCCUAGCGGUCUUAGGACUUCUCACCACUGGGUCCAUAGUGUUCAUUUGGAGACUGUACAAGGACAGAUUCCGAGAAAGAAAGAGUGAAUUCAGCUCCAAAGAGAAACUCCUGGAAGAACUCAAAUCAAAAAAGGCUUCAUUGCAUGCAGUGAACGUGACUCUUGAUCCAGACACUGCCCACCCUCACCUCUUUCUGUAUGCGGAUUCAAAAUCUGUUCGACUGGAAGAUUCACGUCAGAAACUACCUGACAAAGCAGAGAGAUUUGACUCCUGGCCUUGUGUGUUAGGCCGGGAGGCCUUCACCUCUGGCAGACACUAUUGGGAGGUGGAGGUGGGAGACAGAACUGACUGGGCAGUUGGGGUGUGCAGGGAGAACGUGAUAAAGAAAGGGUUUGACCCCCUGACCCCUGAGAACGGGUUCUGGGCUGUGGAAUUGUACGGAAAUGGGUACUGGGCUCUCACCCCACUCCGGACCCCUCUCCCCUUAGCGGGAUCCCCUCGUCGGGUUGGUGUUUUCCUGGACUAUGAUUCUGGGGACGUCUCCUUCUACAACAUGACCAAUGGCUCCCAUAUCUAUUCUUUCCCCAGCGUCUCUUUCUCUGGCCCCCUCAGGCCCUUCUUUUGCCUCUGGUCCUGUGGUAAAAAGCCCUUGACCAUCUGCUCAGUUGCUGAUAGGCCUGAGAAGGUAACAGUCAUUGCUGAUGCCCAGGCCCUCUCUAAGGACAUCCCAUUGUCCCCCACAGGGGAAGAACCUGCCUCUGGGGAUGCAGACACUCUCCAUUCUAAACUAAUCCCUCUGCAACCCUGCCAAAAGGCUCCUUAGGGAACAUCCCAGCUGACUGUCCUCCUUUGCUCUCACCCUCUCCUUCAUUAACCCUCAAGGCUUCAGCUGCCAGUUUCUCUCCUAUGUCUCCUGUUUAAUUCGUUUUGGAAAGAUGGUGCCACCACUACUAGAGGGAAGUACCAAUAUUCGAAGGGUGAAGAAGUGACUCCUAAACUGCUUCCAGCGCUCUCUUAUCCUUUAAGACCAAAGCCUACAGGGAAGAGCCUGGAGCAGGCUCAAAGGACAUGUGAGGAAUAGAGAUGGGCUUAGGUUGGCAUGGGCUGUGGCAGAAAACGCUUGAUGUACAGCAUAGAGGCAGCUGAGUAACAAAUUUAGGCAUGUGGGAACCCCAAAGCGUGCCAGGGGAGGAAAAUCUUGUGUUAAAAUCCCAUAAAGGCACCUAUCAGGGACAUCAUGGUGAAGGUGAAUGAGAUGAGCACAGAUCAAGUUUGUGCACCUGGCCUGCCUGUAGAGCUUUGGGGGCCUGUGUCUCAGGUUUUCUAAGCCGAGUGCGAUAGGACAGGGAUUGGCCAGCCUUGCAGAGCUGACUGAAUGAGUAGAAAGUUGAGGCGAGCAGGGUUGGAGGCUAGAUGAUGGAGGGGAGAAUCAUGGCUGAAAACAGUGAGUUGUGUGCACAGCUAAGCCUCAGGCCUGCUCUCUGGCUAGACUCUUCUGUCUCUUCCCUGCCUGGAGCCAAUCCAACUCAUACUGUGGGAAAUUUUUCUGAUCACUUCAUUAUCUGUCUUGGUCUCAGACUCAACCCCCCCCCACCCUGCUCCCAACAUCCAAACCUUUAAUGCACGCUUUCCGUUAGCUUCACAUGCCUCUCCUCAUUUCUACACAGUGCCCCCACUCGCUGCCUCCUCACCCCACUUUUCUGUGCUGCUCCUUGAGGUCCCCUGGUGCAGCCCCAUUGUGCUCAGUGCAGCUGGAUCAUCAUGCCUCUUUGCAUUGUCCCCAAGCACUUUCCUGUACACCCAGACUGUCCUGCCGAAGGAUUGCACAAGUGCUCAGGCUCAUGCCUUCCCGUUCCACUGCAUUUUUCCAGCUCCCAGAAUGGAUGUUCGCCCUGGUCUUUUUCUAAUAAACAAGUCUGUCUGCUUGCCUUUA